AUGCCCGCCCUUCCAACACGCAAAAAUUUCGUUGCCGGCCAAAAAAGGCCCUCGAAAAGGGUCUUCGCGUUCCAUGGCUCACGGGCGUUCGACGGAAGUUCCACCAACCAGGACAACCUAUGUAGUUAUUUCGCAUCCAGUGCCUUAUUAUUAAGCGUGGGAAAAAGGAGCCUGGGCUUUGAUCCCAAAAAGAAGCUUUUCGAAAACUCACUUCCCCCAACUAAUGAACUAAUUUCCAAGGAGGAUGUUGCGGCUUCUCUCGCUUUCCAUCUCAUAAAGAGCUCAGGGCCUCGUUGA